CUCCAAGACAUUCCAGGGAAUCCUCCUGCACAGUGCCCAGUUUGGGUAGAGCCAGGUCCCACCUUUGGUUUUACCCCAGAUCCUGGAGAUGCCCCUGGCAGCUCCUCCCAGCCCCAGUUGUGUCACUUUGAGGGCUCAGACUUGUCCCCCCACCUCCCUGACCCCCAGGAGCUGUUGAGCACCUGCCCUAAUUAAUGAGCAGCCCUUGAUGACCACCUCAGCCCCAAGGCACGGGAAGGUCAAGCUGUGACCCAUGGGGGUCUGUGUCUUGGGGGUCCAUAUAUUUGGGCCAAAUCGAUGACAAAGCCUCUCCAGGAGAAGAAUAUUCGACUUUGUAGGACUCUUGGAGGUGGGGGAGAGUUCCUCAGUUUCUCUCAGCUCCUUAAAGGAGCAUUGUCAGCCUGUAGUGGCACUGAGUGAAGGCUGAGGCUGCGAGCAGUGCCAAGUUUAAGGAUGAAAGGAGCCUUUUCCUUUCCUUCGGCCCCUACCCCCCCCGCCCUCCCCGAGGUGGUUCAGCCCGUGCCCCCCCCCCUCCCUCCCCGAAGUGGUUCAUCCCCGCGCACGCGGUGUCCCCGUGCUGGCCGGGAGCGGCGCUGCCGUUGGUGCCGGCUCUGCGGUUGGUGUCGGUGCUGCCGUUGGUGGCGACGCUUUCGCAGCGGCACCUCCUGCGCUGGGCUCCGCUGGGCUCCGCCUCUCGGGCUGCUCCUGCUUCUCGCCUUUGGAUUGCUCCUUGCUCCCGCCUCGUCCCUGCCUCUCUCCUACCUGCCCUGUCCCUGCCUUUGCCCGUCCAUUGUCCUGAACCGACCCCGGCUCCCCUUGCCCCCUUCCUCCCUUCCCCCCUUUCCUCCCCUUCGCCCCCCAGCUCCGGGGCGGCUGUGACCGCACCGCAACCCGCAGAGCUCCCCUCACGGGAUGGGGCUCUUCAGGAAGAACUCUCGGGUGCCACCCUCUGGCAGCACUCCUGGGCAGCCCUGCGCUGCUGCUGCUGCUGCUGCUGCUGGCACCCAUCCGAAACAGCUGAGCAAGCUGCACCGCGCGGCUGCCUCCGCCAACAUGACCUGGCUGAGGCGCUGGCGCUGGCUGAUCAAGAUUUGGGGCUUCGACCGCCGCGACGGGCAGAAUCGGACACCUCUCCACCUGGCCUGUGCAAACGGCCACGCAGGCGUCGCCAACUUUCUCCUACAGCAGCACUGCCAGUUGAAUGCUGCUGACAAUUCCGGGAGAACACCCCUGAUGAUGGCAGUGCAGUUCAACCGAGAAUCCUGUGUGACUCUGCUGCUGCGGAGAGGUGCAGACCCCAAUCUGAGUGACGUGUCUGGCAACACAGCCCUCCACCUGGCAGUCCUUUUCUGUGAUGUCAGUGUAGUGCAGCAGCUGCUCCGGCGUCAUGCCAGGCUUGAUGCUGAGAACAAGGAGGGCUUUACCCCCCUCAGUCUUGCUGUCUCUAAAGGCAAGGCAGAGAUAGCUGAGUUUCUGCGGAAAAAAGCAGCUGGAAACCAGGAUCGGAGUCCUAGUGACCAAGUGGCAGCGAGUGAAGCUCAGGAGGAGGAAGCAGCAGAGCCUGCAGGUGAUCCAGACGAGGUCUUUAUCCUCAACUCUCCCCUGUGGCGAGAAGCUUUUGGCUCUACGUUGGAUGCAGCUGCUGUGGAGAGAGGAGCAGAAGAAGAGACUUGCAAGGAAGGCCUAAGAAGCAGCUCUGAGGAAAAGGUGACCAGUGAGGAUGAGAAUGCUUCUGCAGAGCAACGCGGUCCCAAAGUGUGGAAGGUUUGUGUGGCACAAUACCGGCCAGAUGGGAAUCCUCUGCCAGACUCUCAGAAAGACCCAAAGUGGACACUGCACAUAAAGACUACAGAGCAGCACAGCAAACCCAGUUCCCUUCCAGCUGUGGCAGCAGAGAAGCAGAAAGCUGUCAGGACACCUCUCCACCUGGCCUGUGCAAACGGCCACGCAGGCGUCGCCAACUUUCUCCUAAGGCAGCACUGCCAGUUGAAUGCUGCUGACAAUUCCGGGAGAACACCCCUGAUGAUGGCAGUGCAGUUCAACCGAGAAUCCUGUGUGACUCUGCUGCUGCGGAGAGGUGCAGACCCCAAUCUGACUGACGUGUCUGGCAACACAGCCCUCCACCUGGCAGUCCUUUUCUGUGAUGUCAGUGUAGUGCAGCAGCUGCUCCGGCGUCAUGCCAGGCUUGAUGCUGAGAACAAGGAGGGCUUUACCCCCCUCAGUCUUGCUGUCUCUAAAGGCCAGGCAGAGAUAGCUGAGUUUCUGCGGAAAAAAGCAGCUGGAAACCAGGAUCGGAGUCCUAGUGACCAAGUGGCAGCGAGUGAAGCUCAGGAGGAGGAAGCAGCAGAGCCUGCAGGUGAUCCAGACGAGGUCUUUAUCCUCAACUCUCCCCUGUGGCGAGAAGCUUUUGGCUCUACGUUGGAUGCAGCUGCUGUGGAGAGAGGAGGUUCCCUUCCAGCUGUGGCAGCACAGAAGAAGAAAGCUGUCAGGUUUCUGUUGCCUUCUUCCUCGGAUUCUGAGAAGGAAUCAUCUGAUGAGGAUGAGAAGCAGGAGACGCAACUGUGGGAAUGCAGCAGUGAAGAGGAAAGAGCUGCAGUUCCCAGAAUUAUGAAAGAACCAAGGAUUGAUGUUGGCCAUCAAGAUUACCAGAAACCUUUGAAAGCCAGUACUGGUGAGCACCCAGCAUCCACCUUCCGUGUGUCCUCUCCAGCUGAAAAAGGAGGCCUGAAGGAUGGCACUGAAAAAUCUGGGGUGCAGGUGCUGGAAGAUGUGCAGGAGCAGCAGCUCAUCCAAGGAAGGGCAGUGCCUGUAGCACUGGGAUGGGUGCACACCGUUUACCAGAAGCUCACUGCUGCUACUGAGAAGUAUGUUUACCUGGUGGAAGAGAGGAACAAGAAUUGGAAGGCCCAGUGUGCUGCUUUAAGAAAGCAAGUGUUGAAUUACAAGACUGAGAGAGGAAAAAGAGAGGACACAGUCAGACAGCUGCAGCAGGAGCUUGCUGCUGCUCUUAAGAAGCUCUCUGUGGCAGAAGGGUCUCUUGAAGAGUCCACGAGGCGCUGCAGGACCCUGGAGGAAGCCAACCUGGGCCUGAGAAAGGAACUGAGAGAGGCUGAAGACAAGGACACAGUCAGACAGCUGCAGCAGGAGCUUGCUGCUGCUCUUAAGAAGCUCUCUGUGGCAGAAGGGUCUCUUGAAGAGUCCACGAGGCGCUGCAGGACCCUGGAGGAAGCCAACCUGGGCCUGAGAAAGGAACUGAGAAAGGCUAAAACCAAGUGUCAGGAACUGGAAAAGCAGCAGCUUCAUUAUGAGCAUCAUAUUCAGUACUGGAUGAGUACCUUAAAGGACAGGGAUAGAGAACUGAAGGAUAAGUCCCAACAAGUACAAGAUCUCCUGUCCUUUUCUCUGGAGACCAGGGCUAGAGUAAAACAGCUGGAACAACGUGUGCAGUGCCUCUCCAUGCAAAAUAUCAGACUGGAAGGCACAGUGAAGCAGCAAAGUAGUUGGAUUGAAGCCCUUCGGGGAGACGUGGAAGCCUCUGCCUCAAAAAGAGCAGAGGAGAUGCCUGCAACCAGUUUUACAGUGCCCUCAGACUGUGGCGGCCAUUUUGAGCAUUGGUGCUGGGUAUAAUAGGAAUGAAGAGGUGAAGAGGUGGAUGCUUGUCAGCUUGGAAGACUUGAUCACUAGCAGAGGAGGAGCACAGGCAGCUGCAGAGGAGCAGCACCAGCAGCAGAUGGAGAAAGAGCCUGAGGCAGCCAUGGAAGGAGAAAGAUGAAGGAGGACUGACCAAGCCCUGGGUGAUCUCUGGUCAAACAAGGUGCUCAUACCAAAGGUUCUUUCAGCUACUGAAAUAAUGUUAGUGCCAGUCCAACAAGGAGAUAACAAGUCAAAGUUCCUG